AUGGCGAAAACAGUUGCUGAAGCUCCCGUUGUUAAGACAAUUGCUAAGAAAAACAAACUCAAAAAUAAGAAGCCAAAACCCAAAAAUCUGAAAGCCGGUGCAGCUUCGGAAUCAGCUUUGAAGCAAGUGAAGAAAGUUACUGAAGUGAAACCAAAAGCUGAAGUACAGGUCAAAGAAAAUCCUAUUCCAGAAGCAAUCCUCAAAAAAUAUCCGGUACUGAAAAAUGAUGAACUCGUCAAGAAAUUCCUGAGUGUAGAACUCACUAACAACCAAAAGGGAAGAAUUCGGCAAGUAUUGAAAGAAAGCUUUAAAGGCACAGCCGAGGACCAAUUGCCAGAUGUGAUCAACAACAAAAUACAAUCAAUAAUGAAGAAAUCAGAAAAUCUGAACGAAUCUGAAUUAAGAAGAAUAAGAAUAUUGUAUAACAUGCUGAAACUCUCCGUACAUAAAGAAAAACCUGUACCCAAAGCUAAGAAUGCGAGUAAAAAUAAAAUAAGAAAGGAAAGGAAAAGGAAAGCAAAGGAAGCUCAAGAAAAGGAAGGAAACAAUGAGUCUCCUAAAGAAAAGAAAACAAAUAAUGUAGAUGAUAAGGAGAAAGUUAAAAAUAAGAAAAAUGACCAAGAAAAAUCUAAUGACAAUCAAAAAGUUAAGGGACCUAAAAGAUAUGUAGUAUUCAUCGGUAAUUUGGCUCAAGAUAUUGAUAAAGAAAGGUUGAUGAAACAUUUUUCGGACAUCAGUGACUUUGUUGUGGACGUCCGCAUCCCAAAACUGGCCGAAGGAAAGAAGAGUGCCAUCGCUUACUUGGAACUGAAGAACGAGUCUAGUUAUGAGAUUGCCCUUUCCAAACAUCACACAAUGUUGGACAACAGACGAAUCAAUGUGUUAUAUUCAACGCAACAGAACAGCAAGAUCACUAAGACUGAGGCAAAGGGUAAAUCAGCAAAACUAAUAGCACUACAGAAGUCAGGUCAACUGUCCGGGAGUGUCCCGCUGAAUAAGAAGAGAAGUCAACGAAGAAUGAAAGCAAAGUUAGCACAGAAGAAACCUGAACAGGCUUAA